CAAAUGAGCUGCCUUGGUAUCAUAGUCCAGUUCUGUCAGGUUUUCUGUUACUGCAAUUUAUGGAUCUUAACAUUGUGUUAUUUUGAGGGGGCAAGGCUGUCUGCAAAUGUAGCUACCUUCCUGGAGCUUUACGGAACAGCAGGAGUCUGUUGUGGGCAGCCUAGUUCACUGACCCUCGUCUACAUGGCGAUUUAAAACACCAUCAGAACUUUCUCCGGAUUACUGAAUUAGUCAAAAUGUCACUUAUUGACCCAGACGACACCACUCCGUUGCUCCGGGACGAUGCAAGCAGUGAUGACUCCCAGGACGAGGACUACAGAAGCCGGUGGAGGUCCAUCCGGGUCAUGUACUUCACCAUGUUCCUCAGCAGUGUAGGUUUCACCAUCGUCAUCACAUCACUGUGGCCCUAUUUGCAAAAGGUCGACAGCAGCGCAGACGCCAGCUUCCUGGGGUGGAUGGUUGCAGCCUACAGUCUGGGCCAGAUGGUGGCCUCGCCUCUGUUUGGCCUGUGGUCUAAUCACCGACCCUGCAGGGAGUCCCUGGUGUGCUCCAUCUUCAUCAACCUGGCAGCUAAUAUCUACUAUGCCUACGCGUACCUGCCAAAGACCAAUAACAAGUACCACAUGCUCAUGUCCAGAGCAUUUGUUGGCUUCGGAGCAGGUAAUGUUGCCGUGGUGAGGUCCUAUGUUGCUGGAGCUACAUCUCUGAAAGAAAGGACAGGAGCCAUGGCAAACAUGAGUGCCUGUCAGGCUCUGGGCUUCAUCCUUGGACCAGCUCUGCAGGCAUGCUUGUCAUUCAUUGGAGAAAACGGCGUCACGGUGAAGUUCCUUGACCUGCUGCUCAACAUGUACACCACGCCGGCUUUACUGGCUGCAGCGUUUGGCCUCGUCAACAUCCUGCUGGUUCUGCUGGUGCUCAAAGAACACUGUGUGAAUGAAGAUGGAAAGCACAUCAGAUCUAUCAACUACACCUCAGAAGAGAGAGUUGAUGUCCUCGAUGAAUGUGUGGAAACAAUGGACCAGGUGGCCGUCGUGACCUCCAACGUUUUGUUCUUCAUCGUCAUGUUCAUCUUCGCUGUGUUUGAAACAAUCGCCACCCCUCUGUCUAUGGACAUGUUCGCCUGGACGAGGAAAGAAGCUGUGCUGUACAACGGUAUUAUUAUGGUCGGCAUCGGAUUUCAGUCGAUCCUGGUUUUUUUGGUGGUAAAAGCAGCCGCUUUGAAGUUUGGGGAUCGUCCCGUGUUGCUUGCAGGCUUUUUUAUUAUAUUCUGUGGCUUCAUCGUUCUGCUUCCCUGGGGAAAUCACUUCCCUAAAAUCCAGUGGGCAGACUUGAAAAACAACUCUUUGGCCAGUCAGGGCACGUUAUUUUCCAAUGGCACCGUGGAGCCUACAGGCUGCCCUUACGAGCAGACCUGGUGUCAGUACACCCCUGCCAUAUACCUCGCUCAGUACAUCUCCUCAGACUUCCUCAUUGGUGUGGGUUACCCAGCCUGUAACGUCAUGUCCUACACCCUUUACUCCAAAAUCCUCGGACCAAAACCUCAGGGUGUAUACAUGGGCUGGCUGACUGCCUCUGGAAGUGGGGCACGAACUCUGGGCCCCGUCUUCGUCUCCCACGUCUACACCCUCCUGGGACCUCGCUGGGCCUUCAGCCUCAUCUGCGGCAUGGUGGUAGUGGGCGUGAUCCUCCUCAUCUCAGCCUACCACAGACUCAUCGCCUUUUCUGUGCGCCACGGAAGGAUCGUGGAGUAACAGAUCCCACCGUGGAAGCUAAAAGGAGUAUUAUGACGAAUACUACUGGUACAUUUGUCCAGACUUUCUGCUGUGACAGAAUUUUGCUGCUUCGUCCUAUUUUAAAUGUGGAGACUGAUCAGUUAUUAGUUUGUAACUCAGGGUUUUAUACUAAACCUUAAUAGUAAAGAUAUUUUUGUUGGUUAUUUCUCUUGAGGCAGAUCCACAGGGGGAGCUUUCAUUAUAAAGGACUAUGGCUCCAGUUAAAGAACAACAUAACAUUCAUGUUUUGUUGUUUUUUGGAGUGCAGGAAUUUGGUUUACAGAAAGAAUUUCCAGCGUAACAUUUUAACAGCACUAUAAGAAAAAUAUUAAUGGUAUUUUUCCUAAUAAUUUGAAUAGCUUUACCUGUAGUUCUUUGAAACUAUGGGAGUUUUCUCAUUCCUGAAUUAUUCAGAAAGUGAUUUCCGUGUGUGUAUAGUAACAAGAACUGAAUGAUUCAAUACAUUUUUAUCUGACCAUAACUUUAUCUGCUUUACUUCAUAAAUUACUUUCAAAAGAUUUUGGAGUCAAUGUCAAGGCCUAAAUCUUAUUGAGAUGGUCUGACAUGACCUUAAACAAGCUGUUCAUGCUCUCAAACCUUCCACUGUGGGUGGAUAAAAACAGUUCUGCCAAGGAGAGUGGGCCAAUGUUCUGCCACUGGGAUGUAAAAGACCCGGUGCCAGUUAUCACAAACACUUGAGGUAUUUUUUGCCAUCUAUGUUAGAAUUGCCUUUUUGUGAUUGACUGUUUAAACUGACACUAGACAUACACUACAGGUCAAACGUUUUAGAUACACUUUCUCACUUGGUCUCCUUAUUUUUAUGACUAUUUACGAUGUGGAUUCUUACCAAAGGCAGCAAAACUGAAUAAACAAAUUCAUAAUAUUG